ACUCUUUCCUGGCUUCUGCAAAUCAAUAGGAUCCCAUAAAAAAAAGAAAAGUGAACAAAAUUUCUUGAUCUUGGUUUGAUUUGGAUCGUUCAAGAGAGGGUUUUCUUUGAUCCUUGUGAAUUGUGAUCAGAGAUGGCAAUCCUCUAUUCCCUGGUGGCGAGGGGAUCUGUCGUUCUUGCGGAAUUCAACGCCUCUCAGAGCAACGCCAGCGCCAUCGCCCGUCAGAUACUUGAGAAGAUCCCCGGAAACAAUGACAGCCAUGUCUCCUACUCUCAGGAUCGUUACAUCUUUCAUGUCAAGAGAACCGACGGCCUCACUGUUCUCUGCAUGGCUGACGACACCGCCGGAAGGAGAAUCCCGUUUGCAUAUCUGGAGGAUAUUCAUGGAAGAUUUGUGAAGACAUAUGGCCGUUCUGUUCAUACGGCUCUUGCUUACGCCAUGAAUGAUGAAUUUUCAAGGGUCCUGAGCCAACAAAUGGAAUAUUAUUCAAAUGACCCAAAUGCUGACAGGAUAAAUCGCAUGAGAGGUGAAAUGAGUCAGGUGCGAAAUGUAAUGAUAGAAAAUAUCGAUAAAGUUUUAGAAAGAGGGGAUCGGUUGGAAUUGCUUGUUGAUAAAACUGCAAAUAUGCAAGGAAAUACAUUUCGAUUCAGAAAGCAAGCUCGCCGUUUCAAGAACACUGUCUGGUGGAGAAAUGUCAAGCUCACGGUCACAUUGAUAAUCCUGCUCUUGAUAAUUGUCUAUGUGGUGCUCGCUUUCGUUUGCCAUGGGGUCACACUGCCGUCCUGUAUCAAGUGAAAACUUCUUCAUAGUAUAAUAGCUGUGUGAGGAGUUACAUGAUAUGCAAUCGGCGUCUUUAGAGAGCAGGUGUGGGUUUUCAGUUCUGACAAGUGGGUCCCAUGGUUCUUUAAUCCAUACCAUUGGCCUGUUGUUUCCCCCACUAUGAAUGGAUUGUGCCCCAAAAAUCUCCCACAUUGGUAGAUCAUAUCCAUAAAAUUUGGACAUUUUCAGUUGAAUGUUGACUCUUGUAAUCGGUCUUCUUUACCUUCCAUGUGUAGGCCAGUAAUUGAAUGGUUCUGAUCAUUCAACAGAGAAGUUUUUUGGUGCAUGGCCAAUUCAGUGGAACAGACCAUCAUUCCAUAUUACUGGGUGUUAGUGAACCACAGGCUCCCGAAGUCAGAAUUGAAAACUGGGUUUAAUCUUUAAAGACGUGGGUCAUGUAUCAUAUAAUUCCUUUAUUUGUUGUUUGAGUUUGAUUUGUUUGAUUAGUAUAGACGCUAUGAAUAUAUUCACUGCGUUUGGCUGGGCUUAUGUUCAAUGCGCCUAAUAUUUUUCCUUGAAGCAUCAACCAUGGAGUUUAUCAUGUGUGUAAGCUAUGAAACCAGUUGUUUGCUCA